GGCGCCACAGGUCGGGAGGAGGAGCACCGAGCCAAAAGCUCGCUAGCCGGGGCCGCCCGAGAAUUUCUUCACCGCCGGCGCUGAGGUCGCCAUUUUAGAUGGCGGGAGUAAGAGGAGGACGAGCACCGUGAGACGGAAAGGGUUCCCUGCCGCUCUCCUUGGGCCUCUCUCCAGAGAGGGCCAGCUGGCCGGGCUUUGGGGCGUGUGCCCUGAAGCGCGGAGCGUGAGUGCGACAAUGCCGGGGCUGCCCGGGGCCCCGUCCCCUGGGCUGGGGACUCGCCGAAUGUGACCGCCUCCCGCUCCCUCACCCGCCGCGGGGAGGAGGAGCGGCCCAGAAGCUGCUGCCUGACGACGGGGAAACGGAGGCGGCCAGGCUCCUUCAGGUUUAAGUACUGUGUAAACUGCAUCAAUGGAGCACAUACAGGGGGCCUGGAAGACGAUCAGCAAUGGUUUUGGAUUCAAAGACGCAGUGUUUGAUGGCCCCAGCUGCAUUUCCCCCACAAUAGUUCAGCAGUUUGGCUAUCAGCGUCGAGCAUCAGAUGAUGGCAAACUUACAGACUCAUCUAAGACAAGCAAUACUAUUCGUGUUUUCUUGCCAAACAAGCAAAGAACGGUGGUCAACGUACGAAAUGGAAUGAGCUUGCAUGACUGCCUUAUGAAAGCACUCAAGGUGAGGGGCCUGCAACCGGAGUGCUGUGCAGUGUUCAGACUUCUCCACGAACACAAAGGUAAAAAAGCACGUUUAGAUUGGAACACUGAUGCUGCCUCAUUGAUUGGAGAAGAACUUCAAGUAGAUUUCCUGGAUCACGUUCCCCUCACAACACACAACUUUGCUCGGAAGACCUUCCUGAAGCUUGCCUUCUGUGACAUGUGUCAGAAGUUCCUGCUAAAUGGAUUUCGAUGUCAGACUUGUGGCUACAAAUUUCAUGAGCACUGUAGCACUAAAGUACCUACUAUGUGUGUGGACUGGAGUAAUGUCAGACAACUCUUAUUGUUUCCAAAUUCCACUCUUGGCGAUAGUGGCGUCCCAGCGCUGCCUUCUUUGACAAUGCGUCGAAUGCGAGAGUCUGUUUCCCGGAUGCCUGUUAGUUCCCAGCACAGAUACUCCACACCCCACGCCUUCACGUUCAACACCUCCAGCCCCUCCUCUGAAGGUUCCCUCUCCCAGAGGCAGAGGUCGACGUCCACACCUAAUGUCCACAUGGUCAGCACCACCCUCCCUGUGGACAGCAGAAUGAUUGAGGAUGCAAUUCGAAGUCACAGUGAAUCAGCCUCACCUUCAGCCUUGUCCAGCAGCCCCAACAAUCUGAGCCCAACAGGCUGGUCACAGCCCAAAACCCCUGUGCCAGCACAGAGAGAGCGGGCACCAGGAUCUGGGACCCAGGAGAAAAACAAAAUUAGGCCUCGUGGACAGAGAGAUUCAAGUUAUUACUGGGAAAUAGAAGCCAGUGAAGUGAUGCUCUCCACUCGGAUUGGGUCAGGCUCCUUUGGAACUGUUUAUAAGGGCAAGUGGCAUGGAGACGUUGCAGUAAAGAUCCUAAAGGUUGUCGACCCCACACCUGAGCAGUUCCAGGCCUUCAGGAAUGAGGUGGCUGUGCUGCGUAAAACACGGCACGUGAACAUCUUGCUUUUCAUGGGGUACAUGACGAAGGACAAUCUGGCGAUAGUGACCCAGUGGUGUGAAGGCAGCAGCCUCUACAAACACCUGCAUGUCCAAGAGACCAAGUUCCAAAUGUUCCAGUUGAUUGACAUUGCCCGGCAGACGGCUCAGGGAAUGGACUAUUUGCAUGCAAAGAACAUCAUCCACAGAGACAUGAAAUCCAACAACAUAUUUCUCCAUGAAGGCCUGACCGUGAAAAUUGGAGAUUUUGGUUUGGCAACAGUAAAGUCACGCUGGAGUGGUUCACAGCAGGUUGAACAACCCACUGGCUCUAUCCUGUGGAUGGCCCCAGAGGUGAUCCGAAUGCAGGAUAAUAACCCUUUCAGCUUCCAGUCUGACGUCUACUCCUAUGGCAUUGUGCUGUAUGAGCUUAUGACAGGGGAGCUACCUUACUCCCACAUCAACAACCGAGAUCAGAUCAUCUUCAUGGUGGGCCGCGGGUAUGCCUCCCCAGACCUUAGUAAGCUAUACAAGAACUGCCCCAAAGCAAUGAAGCGGCUUGUUGCAGACUGCGUGAAGAAAGUUAAGGAAGAGAGGCCUCUUUUUCCCCAGAUCCUGUCUUCCAUUGAGCUGCUCCAACACUCUCUACCGAAAAUCAACCGGAGCGCUUCUGAGCCAUCCCUGCAUCGGGCGGCCCACACCGAGGACAUCAAUGCCUGCACACUGACCACGUCCCCUAGACUGCCUGUUUUCUAGCUGACUUUGCACCUGCACUCAGGCCACCAGGGGAAGAAGGGAAGUCAGCAGGCACCACCUUUCUGCUCCCUUUCUGUGGAAGCAGAGAGCUCGUUUUCAGAGAAGCUGCUGCUGCUAAGGACCUUCUAGACUAUUCACAGGGCCUUACUUCAUGUUGCCUUCUUUUCUACCCUUUCUGGCCAUGGGAGAGGGAGGCCAUUCACAACGUUGGUUUGUCCUGCUCCCCACCUGCAUCCCCCAUGCUCAUGAGCUGAGCCUCUUCCAAGCUGCACCAGUGGCUGCUGAUGGCGAUACAUGAUCUGGGACCCUGGCUAUUGGCUAAGAGUAUUUUUAGGAUAAGAAAAAGUCGUCAGAGGGAAAAUGAAGGUAGGCAAACCAGCCCUGAAGGGGAAACGUGGAUAAAUUUUGAGUAUCAGGUCCUAUGAGGAAUGCUUAUAUCACAGGAAGUACUUUUCUUCAGUUAGUGGUGUGGCAUCAAACAGGUAGUUUUGCACAUAAUGCACCAAACAGCCCAGGACUGUCAUCUCAGCGCCUAAAGGAGUCUGCUUUGGUACUGUGGGACACUUCCAUUUCUUGGGGGUCUCUGAUGAUGCAUUGGGAUGAUUUUUCAGAAGAGGACCUGGCCUGUCCCUCCUAGUCUCUGCCCUCUCAGGGAGCAGUCUUCCAUCACGCUGAAUUUUGUCUUCCAGGAGCUGCCCCUAUGGGGUGGGGCCACUGGCCAGCUUUGUCUCUCAACAAUCACAGCAUAUGUAUGCAAGGAAGCCAGGAAUACAGGUUUUCUUGAUUGGAUUUUAAUUUUGUUUUUAUUGCGCCUGAUGAAAUAGUUAUUCAAUGGCUCAAUUAUGUUAUUUUAAUAAAAUAAAUUAAAUGUA